GGGUACGAACACAAGCCUAGUUGUUCGCUGCAGUAUACCACGCCGCGUGUUCACGAGGUCGUCUAGAUACCUGGGUACGUUACAUUUGACCGUGAACGUAUGACCUACGUGACAUGCAUGAUUAUGGUGUGACCCUGAGACCGAAAAGCGUAGCCGUAUUGUCUAAGUAAAACUAAAAAGUCUUCAAAUAUGUCGCGAUUUUGUCAGUUUAUACCUACAAGGUACGGGUGUCCAAAGUUUGUUGACAAUUGUCUUUCAGUUUCAAGACUCAAAGCUGGGAGUGGACCCUGGAUUCGGGCUGUUAGUGCUCUACCAAAUAUAUUAAACCAUGAACAAUACAGAGUAUAUCACUGUGCUGCACCAAUCAAUCCUGAGCUGGUACCAUUGCGGAGACCCAUACUUUCAUCACAGAUCAGCAUGUGCUGUUUAUAUGAGUACCAGCAGCCGAACAGGACUGUGCCUCUCGGGCGACCUGUACUUAGGUACAGCACGACCGUUUUAUAUUCAAACGGCAGGACUCGCUUGCCGCACGAACGAGGGUUCCACAUAUCCCGGCCUGCUUGGAAAGAACUGGAUGAGACAGACACCAAAAUCGAGCAGGCCGUCAAGGUCCUGAAGGAGAAAAGGAAAGAGAAGGAGAUUGCCGAGAUGGUCAAGACUAUGAUGCCGUCUCCCGAGCAGGCGGCAGACCCGUCCACUUCCCAGGAGGUGGCCCUGCCCAAGAAGCCCCUGAUGACCAAGAUCAUGGACGAGAUCAAGCAUUACUGGAACGGCUUCCGCCUCCUGGGCGUGGACCUCAAGAUUUCUGCCAGGUUACUCUGGAGGGUUUUGAAUGGACACGCCCUAACGAGACGGGAGUACAAGCAGUUCACGCGGACGGUCUCAGAUCUCUUCCGCAUGGUUCCCUUCUCCGUCUUCAUCAUCAUCCCCUUCAUGGAGUUCUUGUUGCCGGUUGCCCUCUGGCUAUUCCCGAACAUGUUGCCCAGCACAUUCCAGUCCCGGUCGGACAAGGAGAAGAAGCUGAAGCAAGAGCUGAAAGUGAAGCUGGAGAUGGCCAAGUUCUUACAGGACACGAUCGAAGACACCGCCCUGCAGAGCAAGAAGCCCAAAGCCACAGAGAGGGCCAGACAGUUUGCACACUUUAUAGAGAAGAUACGCACCAGUGGGGAGCAGGCCAGCAACGAGGAGAUCAUCAAGUUCUCCAAGCUGUUCGAGGACGAGCUGACGCUGGACAACCUGAAUCGCCAGCAGCUGACGGCUCUGUGUCGUCUGCUCAGGCUGCAGCCGGUCGGCACCAACAACUUCCUGCGCUUUCAGCUGCGCAUGCAGUUGCGAUCCCUCAUGGCCGACGACAAGAUGAUCCAGAAGGAAGGCGUGGACAGCCUCACUGUGUCCGAGCUGCAGGCAGCGUGCCAGGCCCGUGGCAUGAGGGCGUUGGGUGUGCCGGUCGAGAGACUCAAGUCACAGUUGCAACAGUGGCUUGAUCUUCACAUCAACGAGCAAAUUCCGACGUCGCUGCUGCUCUUGUCGCGGGCAUUGUACCUGCCGGAAACGCUCUCCACCCCUGACCAGCUCAAGGCCACUAUCGCCUCUCUACCAGAGGCAACGGCUGAAGAGGCCAAGGUGAAAUUGGCCGAGCUGGAAGGCGAGAAGGUGGACAACACGGACAGGCUGAACAUCAUCCGCAAAGAGGAAGAAGAGAUCAAGAAGGAGAUGAUGGAACGGGCAGAACAACAGGAGCUGGAGAAAAAGAAGGUUGCCGAAGCCAUGGCAGCAGAGGAGUUGGUGGACGACGCCAAAGUUCAGGCGCAGCACGUCAUCAUGGUCCUCAGAGAACCUCAACGGAUGGAGGAAACUACUGAAACAGAGAAGGCAGACGAGGAACUGAUGACCAAGGAGGACCUGCAAGACCUCGGGGAGGUCAUCAAGGAGAUUGCGGAGGAGAAGGAGAGCAUGCUAUCCGAGAAGGGUGAACUGCAGGAGCUGAGGCAGGACGUGGAGGAAUACAAAGAGGACCUCGCGGACCUGAAGAAGGAAGUGGAGGUGGACCAGGAGGACGUGCCCAAGCUGGUGGAGGCCAAGUCCUCGGCCCGGCUUGGCAAGCGGGUCAACCGCAUGGUAGCCCGGCUGGAGAACAUCGUGGCCGAGCUAGAGGUUGAGAAGGCGGCGCUGGUGAAGGAGAAGAAAGAGCUGAAGGCGGACUGGGAGCUGCGGAUGAAAGAGGAGCUGGAGCCCGACGCUGAGAUGUCCCAGAAGAUGGAGAGCCAGCUGGAUCUCAAGAAAAAGAGCAUCCUUAGGGUGGAGGAGCUGGUCAACGCCAUGCAGAAGUUUGGCAAAGUGUCGGAUGAAAUGAAGCUGAAACGCAUAGUGGAGGUGCUGGACGAAGACAAGGAUGGCGUCAUCAACAUACAGGACGCCAUGAAGGUUAUUGAGGUGAUUGCCAAGGAAGACAUUGCCCUCAGCACCAAGCAGGUUGGGGAGAUCAUGGACCUGAUUUGCAAGGAGGAGAUUCUGGCCGAACUGGAGGAGGCCGUAGAGAGAGAGGAGCAGGCUGCCACGGAAACCGCCAGCGAGAAGAAUGCCUAAAAACACGGGUUUAAAAGUUGUUAUUUAUGUUUUUAUAUUUUGAACAUUCGACAAUUUAUAUUGAUGUGUCUGAGGGUAUUUUUUAGUCAGACUCGGCAGAUGAGGUAAAAAUGAUUGAAGCUCGUGUCAUGCGAUUUGAGAAUUUUGGGUUUGAACCCUACUAAAGGACUUGCAUGAUUAUCCUUGAGCAAGGUACUUUGCGUUGUCUGCUUGGUGGAAGCUGAAAUCUCAGAUUGAAGUUCAAGACUUGUGAUUGGAAGGUUAAAGGUUCAAACCCUGCUGAAGGCCACAACUGGUUAUCCUGAGCAAGGUACUUUGCAUUGCCUGCUGGGUGGGAGCUGAAAUGUUGCACCUAUUGGCUCCUUGUAAGAGCUGCGUAAGGGCCGUGCUUGCCAUGGCACUUUCAGUAACAAGGAAAAGCCAUUUUCUGGGGGGGGACACUCUAAGUCUGGUCAUGGUUUCAAUGACCUCAAAGUUUCACCUUUUUUUUCUGGAUGGAGUGAGGGGAAGAUGUUGGGGGUUGCUCCAAGUUGUUUCUUGGGUGCUUGAGAAUGUCUGGCUUAAUUGUAAACUUUCAAUCUUAGUUUUUUUUUGAGUUGAUGUAUAUUGUUCUUAUAUUGUACUGGAUGAUCAAAUUUGAAUAUUUUUUAUCCAUAAAGUGGUAUUUAGUAUAUGUAAAUACGUGUACCUAUGAAAACAUACGUAGGUGGACUCCCUUUGUUGGAAAGAACAACCCUGUUUGUUUCUGUGUUGAAAUAAUGAGAAUGAAAACAGAUUGAAAACAUGACAUAGUUCACAUAAUUUGAAUAUAUUAUGUAUUCGUAAUGUUGCAAGGGUGCUUUGCUUGUUAGUAUGAGGCUGUGUCCAAACUAGAAGGGGGCGCUUUGCAGCCUUAAGUACAAAGAUUGACUGUGUAGUGUGCUCACAAAUAAGACUCGAUCCAGUGAUUGGAGUCCAACUUGAGUCACCUUGGUUUGGCGACUCAACUCAAAGUCCCAACAAGUAAAUGACUCAAGUCACUGUGAGUUACUGACUCGGCACAAGUUGCUAUGUCAAAAUGACCUGACUUGACAGCGAUUUGUGUCGAGUCAUUUUACUCACAGUGACUCAAAAUUGAGUCAUUUACCCAUUUGGACUUGAAUAAGCCAAGAGCAUAUAAUUACCAAAGCUUUUCGUUCGCAUAAUUCUUGGACAUUCUCGACAGUGAUACUUUUCUUCCAUGAAGGAAUGUGUUUGGGAAUGUGACUGUGGACUUGACAUGACACACAGAAAAUGGUAAAAGAAGACUGAAGAAUAUUUUUGAAAUAAUUGUUUUUUGAGUGUUUGAAAUGAAAUGUAACAAAAAAUAUGCUGCAUACUUAAUGGAAAUCUUCAAAGAUGGAGGUGUUGCAGUGAUUUUGUUCCAGUUAUGCAACAAAAUGAUGUCUGUUAUAGAAAGUCUGUCUCUCAAUUAAAAAAA